AGGAUCCAGCCUACCGACGCAGCAAGAAUAACUCACUCCACUCUCUUCUUUCCCUUUCCACCCUUCCCCCGACAUGACUUACACUACUCGUACCAGCAUGUGAUCUCAUCUCAACCUAAUGCUCUUGCAUCACAUCACAUCUCAUCUCACCUCUAUCCGUCGCUCUCGUCAAGUAGACGACCAUCAUCCUAUCCUCCUCCCUCAUCCGACGCUUACUCCCACAUCAUCCAAAGGAACGCAUCCCAACCCUUGCCUUGCCCCCCACCGACACCCCAUCGGCUCCGACACAUUAUUCGGAAGAAGAACAUUACAUCGCCUGCUGCAACUCAACACACCCUCUCAUCCUUCGUACGCCUUCCGCCUCUCUGUUGUGCCGCCUGCUUGGGGAGGCCGGUUGAGGACCCCCCAUCGGCAUGACACGGCCCAAGGUUCCCCCAGAGCAACGGCAGCGCACUGCCCAGGCCUGUGAGAGUUGCAAGCGACGCAAGCAAAAGUGUAAUGGCCAGUGUCCAUGCAAUACUUGCGACAAGCGGAAAUUCACAUGCGUUUACGCUGAGCGAGAUGCGCCCUCUCCUGGAGAGAAUAGGCCACCCAAGAAACGAGCCAUUGACGAUGUCAGUCACAAUGGCCAGACUGUGAUCAAGACGCCCAGCAGUGCCGCAGCUUCAAACGGACUAUCACCUUUUGUUCAGCAUGAACAUGUAUCAUCUCCUUCAACCCAGCACCCCUCGCUCGUUGGGGUGCAGCAGCAAUCAAGGUCCGAUUCGAUGACCAAUCUCCAGCAAAUUGACCAAGCUGCUGCUGAGAAGCCUAGUGUCGAGGCAGCGGCCCGGUCUCUCCAGCAGUUCUCCACUACCCAGGCAACCGAAGAACCCUCACGGUUGAUGUCGCGUGGAACUACGAUCCAAAGUGGCCAAGAUGAGGAAGCCGUUGUCUAUACACAGACUAGAAUGCUACAGGAUCCAACUGGAAGAUUGUUAUAUGUUGGUGAUUCGGCGACACUUUCAUUCCUACAACUACUCCGAAUGAUGGUAGAAAACGUUGCUGGAACGUCUACUUUUACAAAUGACCCUCGUCGACACAAGAUCGUUGAAGGCCAAUUCUCACUACCUUUGGGUGCACGACAUACACAUCUACUACCCGACAAGAAAACAGCCCGAGUACUAAUCGAUGCUUUCUUCGUCCAGACCCACGGUCUUCUCCAGAUCUUUGAGCUAUCGAAAUUCCUAGAUGACAUGGACAGAUGCUAUUCCGAUCCGCUUGCUACGGAGCCGUCCUGGCUGUGCAUUAUGAAUCUUGUGUUUGCUAUAGGGUUGACCAUGGCCACACCCUUAUCUGGUAGCUCAGAAGCCGUCAUCAUCGACAAGUUGAGGAGCGAGCAUCUCGAUAGGGCCGAGGUAUUUUACCUUAACGCCAAACAUCUCAACGACCCAAUGACCGGGAUGGAAGAUCAAGACUUCUGGUCCGUUCAAGCACUGUUGCUCAUGUCGGUUUACAUGCUUGCGAAAUCUAAACGCAACACCGCUUACGCCCUCCUUGGGAUGGCCGUCCGCUCUGCUAUGGCGCUCGGGCUACAUAGAGAAGAGACUCUGAUCAUUUUCAGCGAAGAGGAACAGAUGGCCCGGAAGAACCUCUGGCGUUCCUUGUUCGUUAUUGACAGACUACUAUCAUGCUCUCUGGGGCGGCCCACAGCAAUAUCCGAGGAUGACUGCUCUGGUGACUUAUUGAAAUCUAAUGAUCCCCCAGCCGAGAAUGACUACAAUCCUAAUGUUGCAAUGCCAUCCUCUAUGGCUGAGACCGGGGCAGCUGCUUUGGACGCCGCGGUUAGGAGCUGCUCAACGUUGGGAUUGAUCCUCCGAAAGGUCUACCAACAACGGAAGAUCAGUAUACGACUUGCCCAAGAGAUCGCCGACAUAUGCAAAGUAUGGCCACGUGCUCUUCCUCCAACACUACACUGGCGGCAGUCUGCAACAGCUACUCCUAGUCAGGGCGCAGCGAUCCUACACGUCAACUUGUUCUAUUGCCAUUCGAUAAUCCUGCUCACACGGCCAUUCUUUUUAUAUAUACUGAACCUAGAAACACAACGCCAAGCCAGUCAAUCGACACCUGGCAACCGUGGACCUAGGCCGUACCUGAGGAUGGAAAAGUUCAGCGAGGCAUGUGUCAUCGCAUCUACGCAUACCAUUCUUCUUGUCCAGAAUGCCUUCGAUGCUGGACAUCUCUCUCGAAGAAAUCCAGCCGUCAUAUACUUCCUCUUCGCUGCUGCUCUAGUGAUAUUAGCGAACGAGUUUGCCAGCCUUUACCGCGUAGAAGCCUCAGAUACCUGCAUAUUGAAUGCAAUCACCAUCAUGUCUUACUGCGGAGAACACGAUCAACAAGCUAGCCGGCUCGUCUAUAUCUUGGGGACGUUCCGCGAUGCCGUCUUGGCUCAAAGAAUGCGCCGGAGGCAAGCUCAGCAAGAGAUGACGAGCCUUCCAAGCAUAUCGUCUCAGCUGUACGGCGUCCGGCCAGCAAAUUCACAACCAGUGGCAGGCAACAAUGGAAAUAACGGAAACAACGGAAACAACGAUACCUACAAUACAGCACCGACACCCCGUCUCCACCAAGUUCCCAUUCAUAUCUACCCCGGCAUGCAGACCACGCCGUUGCCGCCCGAAGUAUCAACACCUCCCAACUUCCAGAACCAGCAGGUGCUUGCCAUGUCUCAACAAGACCAGCAACCGCAGCACCAGCUACAGCAGCAGCAACCCUCUCUCUCCGUCCACUUGUCGCCGAUACAAAAUCCACCGGACUCAACCCUCAGCCUCGACUCUUUCGCCCUCAAUCCAUCCCUCUCCAAGCCUCCGUCGCUAUCCAACGUCCUCGACCUCUCCGCCCUCGAGUCCACCCGUGUCCCCAGCCUGUACUCCGAAGACAGCGGCGGUGACGAGCAGAUCGAUUUCGACGCGCUGUGGGCGUGGCCUAGCACGACGCCCGCCCUCGGCAGCCCGAGGGCUCCAGGCGAUGGCGGCCUCGGCAACGGGAUGUCGGACCGGACACAGGGCGUGAGCGACGGUUCAGUCCCUCUCUACGGCGUUGUGAGGACCGACGGGAUGGACUAAUCGACCGAACCAAUAAUUUCCUCGCCAUUGUUUUCUCUUCUCUUCCCACGAGUUAAGGCGUUCGUCGGUCCUGUACUCCAGGACUCUUGCUUGCGGUG